AUGAAUACUGUUUGCCGAAAUGGUCGUUGCACAUGUCCUACAAAUUUUGAAGAGUUCGAUAUUGAUGAGAGGACAACGAUUUGCCGUCUGGGUAAGUACGACUACGAUGAUCUUCUUUCCGGGAACAAUUAUAUUAUAGAAGUUGAAUUUCUUGAAGAAUUUUCACUUUCCCCAGCAAAGAUAGGAGACACUUGUCAGCGUGAUUGUAAGCCCCCUCUGCUGUGCCGUGAUGGUCGAUGCGAAUGCUGGGGAGGAAGUAUUGUCGAUGGGGAAUGCGUAGUGCCCUGUCCCGCUGGUCAGCAGCUCUAUGGAGUCGAAUGCACUCGUGUAGCUCAUUAUAGUCAAAUCUGCGACAAGGACAGUCAAUGCGUCGAUCCUUUUAAUGCAUGUGUUGCUGGCACCUGCCAAUGUGCUCCUGGAACCACAAGAGAUGUGAUGAGAGGAUUCUGUUACGCUGUCUGUCCUGAUGGGAUGCAUCCACGUCAAACUUGUCGCCGUCUAUUCGUGAACGACGUUGAUAUGCUGGAGAAUGCAGCCAGCACGGAUAGUUGUCCUUUGGGAUAUCGAUGUGUCACCUACGGCAGUCCAUAUGUUGGCCACUGUUGUCGGCUUCGUUGCCCGUAUGGUGAACCUGAUCUCAGUCAAUCCUGUGAUGCUGGAUCGUCUCCAGAGUCGAAAUGUAGACCUCUCACCCACUUCUGUUAUUCGAUCAGCGAGCCAGGGCGGAUGGAAAUCGUCGCUCUGUUGCCCUCGUCCAUGUCGUGA